AUGAAGACAGACAACGUGGUUCAGAACAUCCCGUUCACGGGCAGGAAGCGGAGUCUUAUCGAGGAUGCCCGGAGAGACCGAGAGGUAGCCUCCGCGUCUCCGGGACCCUCGCCCUGCGGGGACAACUUGGUGUUCGAAGAGAAAAGCGGCAAAGUUCGUCUCAGCGUCCUUUUUGCCCUAAAAAAUGAGAAGAACGCAGGUUUCUUUAAUGCUGGAAAGGUAUUUGAGACAUUUGAAGUCAAGCUCCUUCAUCUUGAGAGCCGACCAGGCAGGCAGUCUAAGAACGGCCUCUCGGACGACCUGGAGUUCUUUCUGAAGUGUGAAGUGCCUAGUUCUGAUAUUGAUAUUUUUAUCAACUCAUUAAAAAGAGUGGCAGACGACGUGCGCACAGUGCAGGACGAAAGGGUUCCAUGGUUUCCACAAAAGAUCAGCGACCUGGACAAAUGCAAUCACCUGGUUACAAAGUAUAACCCUGAUUUAGACCGGGAUCACCCGGGAUUCAGCGAUCCAGAAUACAGGAAAAGAAGAACAGUAAUUACAGAGCUGGCUUUCAAUUACAAACACGGUGACCCGCUCCCGUACGUCGACUACACCGCAGGAGAACUUGCCACGUGGAAGGAGGUGUACCGGACACUGACCGCCAUCUAUCCGAGUCACGCGUGCACACAGUUCCUCGAGGGACUGCAGCAACUGGAGCGAGAGUGCGGCUACGGGGAGGACAAAAUCCCCCAGCUCAGAGAUGUGUCUGCGUUCCUGAGAGGAAGGACAGGAUUUCAGCUGCGCCCAGUGGCGGGACUGCUGUCUGCGCGUGAUUUCCUGGCCAGCCUGGCUUUCCGGGUGUUCCAGUGCACCCAGUACAUCCGUCAUUCCUCAGCCCCUAUGCACUCCCCUGAGCCAGACUGCUGUCACGAGCUGCUGGGACACAUCCCCAUGUUCACCAACACGGAGUUUGCUCAGUUUUCCCAGGAGAUCGGUCUUGCCUCUCUUGGAGCAUCUGAUGAGGAUAUAGAGAAACUGGCCACACUGUACUGGUUCACCGUUGAGUUUGGGCUCUGUGAGCAGAACGGCGCGGUGAAGGCGUACGGUGCUGGGCUAUUGUCAUCCUACGGAGAGCUUCUGUACUCCCUCUCCAAUGAACCAGAAUACAGGCCUUUCAACCCUGCGGAGACAUGCAUUCAGCCAUACCAGGACCAUACAUACCAGCCUGUGUACUACGUGUCCCAGAGCUUCGAGGACGCCAAAAACAAGAUGAGGCAGUUUUCAUCUACUAUCCAGAAAGCCUUCUCCAUCAGAUAUGACCCUUACACCUGCAGUCUGGAGGUCCUGGAUGAUGUCAGUAAAAUCCAGAAAGUUCUGGGCCACAUGAUGGAGGAUUUGAAGAUUCUACACAGUGCAUUAGAGCGUCUUGGCCAAAACUGA